AUGAAUAAUUCCAGCGGAAAUUGUUGUAAAGUGAAACUUUGUAUGAGGAUAUAUGAAUUUAUGUUUUAUGUACAAUUUUCACAAGUUCAAAAUCAAUUUUCCAUUCACAUGUAUUUAGUAACAUAUUACUGGUUCGAAGUUGUAAAUAAUCAUAAUUACAACAUGAUCUACCUUUUGGCCAUCUUCAUCAUUCAAUAA